AAACCCCCGAGUUCAGUCAUAAUACAUAAAUAAGUGCGGAUUAAUAACAAGCACCAAGUCUAGAGAUCUCUCUACCAGCCAACAGUCAAGUCUCAAACAUUUUCCAAUCACCCAUUCUAUACACCAUAUUUCAUUGAUCAUGGCAUCUGCUAUUAUCAGUGUAAUCGGCGGCGUCCUGACCAUCGUCGAUGCUGUCCAAACAAUCCGGGGCUGGGUUGUUGGCGGUGCUCCACAAGUCAUCACAUUCAGGGAGCUUCAGGAAGUUGUCCAAGGCGAGCACGCUGCCUUCUUCCAGGUCAUAGCCCUUGGCCGACUGGACUAUCGCUAUCGGCGUUUCUAUGGUGUUUGGCUCCCGGCCCUCACAAGCAUGUCUAGCAUAACGUCGCAAAGCUUCGAGUCUGGCGAGGUCCGCGAUAUCUUCAACAGCAUCAAAGAGUCCAUCGAUGAUGUGGACCUGACGCUCAACCUACUAAGGACCGUAUAUGAAGAGCGUUACAACGUCUUGCACAUGGACGAUGUCACACGCGGCUUCUUCGCUUCUCUGAGCGGAUACGGUCUUCUCUUCCAUAUGCACGGUGUGUACUCCCAGCUGAACCGCCUUCGACUUGGCGCGGUUGAUUUGGAAGACAGACGACUUGUCCUCGAUUCCCUGAAUGGGCUUCAAUACAUCUAUGAUGCUGCAGGGCUCAUUGGAUGGUUUGGAAAUAACAACAUCAUUCAAAACAAGCGGAUGGGGCUUGUCCCCGAGCAAGUGACACACGUCAAUUCACUAUUCUGGCAGUACUGGAACUAUCAGGAUCGAUAUACCCCUCUCAGUAACGUCUCGCCAAACCUUGAACUCUCCGUGGCUAGGCCGCCUGCAUACUAUGAGCAUAACGAGAUCAACAAGGUCAGAGACGCUUUGCGAGACCGCAGAGCUAGGGUAGAUGAGCGAGUGAGAUCCGUUGUCUUCAACGUGUACUCCCCCAUAUGGUGGAGAUUUGAUCGAACGAGAACCAUUUUGCAGGCGAGAGCUAGAAGUCAAGGGGCCACCCGAGUUGUACCACGCAGGCGACCUGUGCGCUCCAUUCGCGGUUCGUCAAGAGCGGCGCUUUUCAGUGUUAUAGGGGACAGUAUUGAUGAUAUGGGCAAUGAGGACGAGGUGGCAGAAUUUGAGGAGGGUGUAGGUGGAUUCAAUGCUGGAGGAGAGCCCGAGGAUCCCGAUGCUCCAGAUGGUGACCCUUUCAGCAUCACUGCUCCUGAAGUUGUCUCAGACGCUGAAGAGAACAAGUCAGCUGAUAGAAACAUAGCCUUGGGCAGCGGUCAACUUGAGGAAACAGCCAAGCUCACAGUCUAUGUUUCAUAGCGUCUCAAUCAAUGGAGUCUGUCUCAUUGAUCAGUGUUGUCGACCCCCUAGUUACAAAUUUGCCGCUUGUUAUAUUCUCUCUGUCUCUCGUGAUGAAUCUCUAUGAUGCUCUUUUCUGCGAUUUCAUCGGCCUAUUGUCUACAACGGCUUCCCUUAUUAGCAAUCGGUCCUUGUGUACUCACAAUGCCGCGGAUACCUGCGUUCAUCAUGAGUAGCCGUUGAUGAACGGAGAUGAUGGGGACAAUAUAUGAUAAAUAUAUAUCGAGUUUCUUUCACCUAGAUAGUAGCGGCAUUGAAGGUUUAGAUAAGAUAACGGGAGAUACUCGUUGAUUCAAUCUAAGCGCUCUAAGUGCGCGAUAUACAUUAAGC